AUGACAUCAGAAAUCACCAACCAGCUAGCCGCAGCCAAGCUGAGCGAUGCCUCGCCAUCAACAGAAGCCAAUUGGAAAGACGGGCUGAAAGCGCCUGCGAAAGAUGCGCGGCCACAAACCGAGGACGUUACGGCAACAAAAGGCCUUGAGUUCGAAGACUUUUUCAUCAAGCGCGAGCUGAUGAUGGGCAUCUUCGAGGCAGGCUUUGAGAAGCCGUCGCCUAUCCAGGAAGAGACGAUUCCAGUAGCCCUGACGGGUCGAGAUAUCCUUGCGCGAGCGAAGAAUGGCACCGGAAAGACGGCUGCUUUUGUAAUUCCUACCCUUGAGCGCGUCAACCCCAAGAGCCCCAAGACGCAAGCCCUCAUUCUGGUUCCCACGCGAGAGCUCGCUCUACAAACAUCCCAAGUCUGUAAGAUGCUAGGAAAGCAUCUCGGCAUCAACGUCAUGGUCUCGACAGGCGGGACUGGACUCAAGGACGACAUUAUACGAUUGAGCGACCCAGUCCAUAUCAUCGUUGGAACACCGGGCAGGAUUCUCGACCUGGCAGGCAAGGGCGUGGCUGACCUUUCAGCUUGCCAGACGUUCGUCAUGGACGAGGCCGACAAGCUUCUGUCACCCGAAUUCACCCCGGUUGUGGAGCAGCUUCUUGGCUUUCAUCCCAAGGACAGGCAGGUCAUGCUCUUCAGCGCUACCUUCCCAAUCGUAGUAAAGAGCUUCAAGGACAAGCACAUGAACUCUCCUUAUGAGAUCAAUUUGAUGGACGAACUAACUCUUCGCGGUAUUACGCAGUACUACGCAUUUGUUGAAGAGAAGCAGAAGGUGCACUGCUUGAACACACUCUUCAACAAGCUACAAAUCAACCAGUCCAUCAUCUUCUGCAACUCUACGAACCGCGUUGAGCUUCUUGCCAAGAAGAUUACGGAACUUGGGUACUCGUGUUUCUACUCGCACGCCCGCAUGCUGCAGCACAAUCGGAACCGCGUUUUUCACGACUUCCGCAAUGGCGUUUGCCGAAACCUUGUCUGCUCGGAUUUGCUGACCCGUGGUAUCGAUAUCCAGGCUGUCAACGUUGUUAUCAACUUCGAUUUCCCAAAGAACGCAGAGACGUACCUGCAUCGCAUUGGUCGUUCAGGUCGUUUUGGCCACCUGGGUCUGGCCAUCAACCUGAUCAACUGGGAAGACCGCUUCAACCUCUACCGAAUCGAGCAGGAGCUCGGCACCGAGAUCCAGCCCAUUCCUCAAGUCAUUGAGAAGAAGCUCUAUGUGUAUGAGUCUCCCGAGACGAUUCCUCGGCCCAUCUCCAACUCGCAGCGUACCCAAGGCCAGGGUCAGCCACAGGAUCAGGAUGGGGCUAUUGCACGAAACAAUGCCAAUCAGAACGCUCGUGGAAACUACCGCGACGCACGUGGUGGCGCCGGUCAGUUCCAGGGGCAGCGCCGUGGUGCCCCACAGAACCAGCAGAACCGACAACAGAACGGCAACAAUCCUCACCGUAAUACGAGGCCUCAGCCCGCUGGCCCACCUCAGACAUCCUAG